UGUAUGGUAAUAUUUUGAAAUAUAAUUUUCUUAAAAUAAUAUUAGCAUAUUUUAGUACAAAUUAAAAUAUCUUAAUGCAUUAAUUUAAGUACAAUAAGGGUAUAACUUUGUUUAUCUACUGACAUUAAGUAUUUUAUUCUUAUUUCUGUGUAUCAUGUCAUCAGUAAAGGAAGUUUUCAAAAUAAGUUUUCAACUUUUGGCUCAACAAACAGAUAAUGUUAUCAAGGAUUUUUUGAGGCUCACCAAAGAUUUUAUGGACAACGGACCAAAUUCCAGUCUUUAUAACAAAGCUGCAGAAAAAUUGCAGAUUGAUGAGGAAAAAAUUGUAUCAAUUGUAAAAAGCAUAUGUCUUAUGUGUGUGCAAAGCUGUAAGCAUAAACUAACUGAUUUGGAAAUAAAAGAAUCACUGACAGAAUAUGGUUUUAAUGAAACCAAAUUAGAGAUGAUUAUAUUAUUUUUGGGAAACCAAAAACCCCAUUUAAUAGAUAUUUUAUCAUCUAGUGCAUUAGUAUUUCCACAUUUCAAAGAACUAGAGUGGCGAUUUGAAACUGAUGUAAGUUGUUCAAGUUAAGUACAUAGAAAAUAU